AUGGGCCAGAUGAAGCCACUUUACACGUCGCGAAUGCAGAUGAUGACUCGGGAAAUGCAGAAGGUCAUCCUAGCCGCUGGAGGGUCAAGAACCAGUAGGCACUUUGCACACCUUACCUCUUCGAUCCGAGGGCGCCUUCAGCCCAUCGAAAAGGCCAUCUAUAAUAUCAAGCAUGCCAUGUGCGAGGGCGUCACUUCGGCUGAUGUCGUGCCUUUGGUAUGGCCCUCUGGACACCCGUACGACCCCGCUUCGAUGGAGAACCUGUACCCGGAGGACCCUUCCACCGAAGAAAAGUUGAAGGGCUCGCCUAUUAUGGGGACUGUGGACAUUGGGGUACAGAAAGUCACUGUCACGAGGAUGCGGGAUGGGACUGUGUUUCGACAGAAGGAUAUCCUCGCAAAGCCGAAGGUCAUCCUGGCGUCCACUUUGGAAGAGAUUGUUGAGACGACGGCCAAGAGUAUUCGCAGUGUCAGUUUAGCUUGA